AUGACGGCGCGCGAGCGGACGUUCGCGUCGCAGAGCGAAGGGUUGAUCGCGCCGCACGGCGGCGCGCUGGUGAAUCUGAUGCUCGAGGACGACGGGGCGAAGGCGAGGGCGAUCGCGUCGUGCACGCGGGCGCUCGAGCUGUCGGAUCGAAACGCGUGCGACGUCGAGCUGCUGAGCGCGGGGGGGUUCUCGCCGCUGCGAGGGUUCAUGAACGAGGACGAGUACGAACACUGCGUGGAGACGAUGCGGUUGAAGGGGAGCGAGCUGUUGUUCGGGCUGCCGAUCGUGUUGGACACGAAUUGCGAGGACACCAAGGCGGGCGACAGAGUGUUGCUCAAGUAUCAGGGCAAGGACGUCGGCGUGCUGACGGUGGAGUCGAAGUGGAAGCCGAAUAAGCCGAAAGAGGCGAAGAUGUGCUACGGGACGAGCUCCAUCGAGCAUCCCGGCGUGGCGAUGAUCUCCAUGGAGCGUCGCAAGUAUUACAUCGGUGGUAAGAUUGAGGGUUUGAACAUUCCGCAGCGACCGUUUCCGUGCCCGACGCCCGCCGAGGUGCGCGCGGGGUUGCCCGCGGGUAAGGAUGUCGUGGCGUUCCAGUGCCGCAACCCGGUGCACCGCGCGCACUACGAGCUCUUCACUCGCGCUUUGCACGCGGAAAACGUCGGUAAGGACGCCGUGUGCCUCGUUCACCCGACCAUGGGUCCGACCCAAGACGACGACAUCUCGGGCUUGGUGCGAUACAAGACGUACGUCGUCCUCGCGGAAGAGGUGAAGAACCCGCAAAUUCGCUGGGCCUACCUCCCGUACUCCAUGCACAUGGCGGGUCCGCGCGAAGCUAUUCAGCACAUGAUCAUUCGUAAGAACUACGGCUGCACGCACUUCAUCAUCGGUCGCGAUAUGGCUGGUUCCAAGUCUUCCCUCGACGGAGAAGACUUUUACGGCGCGUACGACGCCCAAGACUUGGCCAAGGCGAACGCGGCUGAGCUCGGCAUGAAAACCGUCCCGAGCUUGAACGUCGUGUACACCGAAGAAGAAGGCUACGUCACCGCCGAUGUCGCCAAGGAGAAGGGUCUCAACAUCAAGAAGCUCAGCGGCACCAAGUUCCGCCAAAUGUUGAGAGGCGGCGAGGACAUUCCAGAGUGGUUCGCGUUCAAGUCCGUCGUCAAGGUCCUUCGCGAGAACAUUUAG